CCUCUUCUCUUUCGCAAAGCCCAAACCCUAACCCUUGGCGGCUGUGAAAACCUCUCCAGUCUCCUCCUUUCCCCCUUUUUUUUUCCCUCGUCUCUCUCUCUCUCUCUCUCUCUCUCUUCUCUUCAAUCUCUAAACCCUUUCCCCAAAUUCAAUUUUGCCUAAUCUUUGUUUUUGGGAGAUUUAGGGUUUUGUAUCUUUAUCCCUCUGUUUAUCGAUAAGAUCUGCUGUUCAAAUCUUAUCUAAGUCAUGGCUACUGUUGCUCCUUCUGCUGAGAAAACUGCAGAUUUGCUCCAGAAUUUAUCACUGGAUUCUCAAACAAAGCCCUUGGAAAUUCCUGAGCCAACUAAGAAGACUUCCGUUUACCAAUAUGGGGCUGUUGACUCGGGUGUUUCUGCUAAUGGUCAGAUCCAGCCAACGGAGCGGUCAUUGACCCCAUUCUUACCUGAUUUAAUGGAUCCAACCGUGUGCUAUCUUCCUAAUGGUUAUCCCUCUCCUGCUUAUUACUAUGGAAGCUAUAAUGGGACUGGUAGUGAAUGGGAUGACUAUUCAAGAUAUGCAAACACAGAGGGAGUUGAGAUGACAUCGGGGGUUUAUGGGGACAAUGGGUCUGUAAUGUUUCACAAUGGCUAUGGCUAUGCACCUUAUGGUCCAUAUUCACCAGCAGCUUCUCCGGUUCCAACAAUGGGAAAUGAUGGUCAAUUAUAUGGGCCUCAGCACUAUCAGUAUCCUCCAUAUUUUCAGCCGCUGAAUCCAACCAGUGGGCCAUUUACUCCUACUCAGCCAACCAAUUCUCAAGGGGAGCCUUGCACCUCUGCCGCCCCUGACCAAAAACCCAUUUCUGUGGAUGCUACUAAAUCGAAUUGUACUGGAAUCGUGAAUGGUGGUGGAGUCAAGGGAAACAAUGGUUCAACUCCUUAUAAACCAAUUUACCAGAAUUCAUCUCUUAGUGCAUAUGGGAGGGGUGUCUUGCCAGGGGGCAUUCCUGGGUCUGGUUAUCAGGAUCCAAGACUUGGCUUUGAUGGGCAGUACAGAAGCACAGGAAUCACUCCUUUUUCAAAAUCUAAUAAUACCCCAUCUUCAAAGAACAACAAUUUCCGUCAUAAUUCCAACUUCAUGGGGUUGCAGCACUCUGGUCCAAUUUCUGGCGUGGGAUCGACUCAUGGAUUUAUAAACAGGAUGUACCAAAACAAGUUUUACAGUCAGUAUGGAAACACCUACAGGUCUGGUAUGGGCUUUGGAUCUGGAGGCUAUGAUUCAAGAAUGAAUGCACAUGGAUGGUUGGCUGUUGAUGGCAAAUAUAAACCAAGGGGACGGGGAAAUAAUUAUUUUGGGUACCGUAAUGAGAACAUUGAUGGCUUGAAUGAGCUGAACAGGGGACCUCGGGCAAAGGGCUUCAAAAACCAAAAGGGUUUUGCUCCUGUCACAAUAGCUGUCAAGGGUCAGAAUACUCCGCCAAUUGAAACUAUUACUGAAGAGAAGGAUGAGAUGUCAGCAGUUCCAGACCUGGAGCAGUACAACAGGGCAGAUUUCCUCGAGGACUAUACUGAUGCUAAAUUUUUUAUUAUCAAGUCCUACAGUGAGGAUGAUGUUCAUAAAAGCAUCAAGUACAAUGUAUGGGCCAGCACACCAAAUGGUAACAAGAAGCUUGAUGCAGCAUACCAGGAGGCUCAGCAGAAAUCUGGUGGCUGUCCUGUGUUCCUUUUCUUCUCGGUUAACACUAGUGGGCAAUUUGUUGGCCUUGCGGAGAUGGGAGGACCAGUUGAUUUUCACAAGAAUGUAGAGUAUUGGCAGCAGGACAAGUGGACUGGCUGUUUUCCUGUAAAGUGGCAUAUUGUAAAGGAUAUACCCAACAGUUUAUUGAAGCACAUUACCCUGGAGAACAAUGAGAAUAAGCCUGUUACAAACAGCAGGGACACACAAGAGGUUAAGUUAGAGCAGGGGAUUAAAAUGAUCAAGAUAUUCAAGGAUCACUCCAGCAAAACAUGCAUUUUGGAUGACUUUGGGUUUUAUGAGAAACGACAGAAGAUAAUUCAGGAGAAGAAGGCCAAGCAACAGCAGUUCCAGAAACAGAUAUUGGAAGGGAGACCUGGUGAUGAGAAGAAGGAACUGGUAAAUGGGUCACACGAAUCCCCAGAGGUUGUCUCUGAUGUGACCAAGGAACCUUCUCCAGUUGUCCAGUCCAAUGGAGACCUGAAGCAUUUGGAGAAUGGAUCAAUUGCUAAAACUGGAGAUGACUCGAAGGCAAGUAAGCCAGUUGCCUCAGAGAAAAGAAUUACAGCAAAUGGAGUUGCCAAUGGUUGCUAGCUUCUAGCAUGCACCGGCAGUCCUAUGGUCUUGUAAGAAUUUUAGAGAUCUGUCAGAAGGGUGCUGGAGUUAGAAUAUAGAACUAACCGCUGGCACUCCUUGGGCCGUGGCUGCUGUUGUGAAGCUAUCUUGCUGCUAUAUUCUAGGGGGAUGGAAAAUAACCGUGAGAUUCUCUGAUAGUGGUGAGGCAGGUUAGGCUUAUCGGAAUCCAUUUCCUUGCGAUGGAUCUGUUCUUAUAGUGGUUAGCUCCUGACAAGUUUUCAUUCCGUAGGAGUUUGGGUUUAGGGCUUCUUUUGGUGGCUUUUUUAUAUUCUGGUUAUGGUCUUUUUCUUUUCUUUUCUUUCUUUCUUUUUUUUUUUUAAUUUUUUUUUUAUUUUUUACUUUUGUUUUUUCACCUUAAACUUUUUUUCCCUUUUCCUUAUAUUUUUCUGUUUUACCAGUGUGGUCAAUUCCUGCCUUGUAAAUCUAGAUCUAGUUUUAUCUCAGUGAAGCUAUGAUUAUGUUUGUAACAGAGCUAGAAGCUUGGUGGGAAGGUACUUCAAAUAUAGUUGAGUGAAAGGAGUUCUAUUUUUGCACCUAUCA